AUGUCAGCACGCACAAACAGGAAGUUCGAUGCAGAGGAAGGUCCUGCACCAGCCCUGCUGGCUGUGAGAGCAGCUGUGGGUGGCCUAUGCGGUCAGAAGCACUCAGCAGAAUGCCCCGCUAAGAGGAACUGCCCCCGGUGCAAGUGGAUCGCAAACCAGUCAGCGUGGAAAAAGAAGUUCCCAUGGCUGGAUGCCAAAUUCCGGAUACAGGACAACUCCAGCUGUUGGGGGCUGGGUUGCCGACAAUGUGCAGAGGUGCAGCAAUCCCAGCCAGAGUUGUUCCAUGGACUCAUGGUUUCAAGGCAUCACUUUGCCAGGUAUGAAGUGCAGCACGGGGAGUUGAAAUUGCAAAGGUUCCAGAAGCACGCAGACUCCCCAGCUCACCAGAUAGCAGCACGUGCUUUCUCCAUGCACAUGGACCAAGACGACGGCAAAGAGCCAAAGAAUGAUGCCAGCUCUCCCAGUUUCCCAGAAUGGAAGCAAGUUCUGCACGAGCCCAAGUUGACUGCAGUAGGUGCAGUGGCAGCCACGGGGAAGUGUCGAAUGAUGCGCUGGUGCAUAGCCACUGCGCAUCGCCGCAGCUUGAAAGACAAGAUGCGGAAUGCCCUGUGCAUAUCCAUUCAGUCGGAUAUGCGAGGAAAUCGCGCAGAUGGUCUCAGAGAGGCGAUCAUGCCGUGCAUCACAUCAUUUUGCAGCAAAGAGGUGCCACCCAACUAUGGUGGUUUGCGGGUCAAAAGCCCCGAGGGGGAGCAGCAGGUAGAUAAGGACUUUCUGGUUAUGCUCUGCAGCCGCAUCGAAGGUUUUGCUGCAGAUAGCGCCUACGAUGAACAGCUUGCCGCGCGAGAGCUUCAGGGCGGGCCUCUGGCAGGCCCUGCCAUCCCUCCACUUCAGGAGCAUUUGACCCAGCUUCUGAGCCGACCUUGGGCAGCAGAGUCUUUUCUCAAGAGCUGUGUGGUGGAGAUCCUUGAAAAACAGAACAGCAUUGCCAAGCUGAUCACUCACAGGCCUGCCAUCAAGCAGCUUUACGAAGACUUCAGAAAAAAGCUGCCAGAUGCUCCGUGUGGCUCAGAUUUGAGGUAUGCGCCGCAGCGCUAUUCCUCCGAAUCAGUCACCUUGCUGCGCGUUGUUGUGUCGUUUGAGAGCAUCCUGGGCACUCUCAGCUGUGUGCCGGACGUGCGAGGCUGCAGCUCAGAAGAGGGGGCUGCGUGUUUGCACACCCUCCAGUGGCUGGACACUGAGAAGUGCAUGCAGCUCGGGAUGCUUGGAGAUGCGGCCUUGGAAGUCCAGCGUUUGGUGGAGAUCGCGGACCGGGAUGAGGAAGACAUCAUCGAGUUCCCGUUCUAUCUGGAGCAUUUCCGGCAAGUUUUGGGGAAACUCUUCGUUGAAGGCAUGUGCUUGCAGAUUCUUUGCUUGACCACCGUGAUGUUGGAACACCUGAAGCUUAAGCGAACGUUCGUUUUGCAGCAGGGCAGAGCCAUGUCACUGGGCGGGGACAUCACUGAGGACCUGAAGGCCAGGUGCCUCAGGCGAAUGGCGACAUAUGUGGCCUUGGCAGACAAGGUUCUCGUUGCAGAGUUCCCCAGCUAUGACAUCAUGGCUUGCUUCAAGGUCUUCAGCGUGCAGGACGCUGUUCGGAGCAAGCAGCUGUUGCAGAAUGUGCGCCCCGACGCUCCUUGGGUGCGCGGGCCGAACCGCCACCCGCCAGCCGCCACGUCCGAGUGGUGGGGCUGGUGGGACUGGGACUCCGACUGGAGUUCCCAGUGGGACUGGAGGACCUCCCAGCAUGAGGAGGCCUCUUCCAGUCAGGCACCAGAAGGUGCCAAGGGGAGCGGAGCCGCCGAAGCUCCAGCUCGACGCCGCCCUCUCAUAGGCGAGCGCACCGAAGCCCCGAACCAAAACCGGGGCAGAACAGCCAAGCCCGAAAAGGGCAAAGGGAAAACCGGCCCGAGUGCGGGCCGCCCCGCCUCGGAGUCGGGGAGCCGAACCCCCCGUCGCGGGGAGAAGGGAGCAGGGAAGCCCACCAAGGGCAAGCCUGCCAAGGGAGCUGCGCAGCCCGCAAAGGGCAAGGCAGCCCAAGCAAAAGGAGCAGAGCAGCUCGCAAAGGGCAAGCCAGCUCCAGCAGGCAAGUCCGGCAAGGGCAAGCCUGCGACCCAAGAGCCUGAACAAGGUUCAGGGAAGAAGAAGAACCACCGAGGUGGUCGUUCCCAAGCGGCCCGCGCCAACCGCGAGGCCCGCGGCGCCGAAAGGCGCGAAAGAGAGGGUACAGACCCGGUCGUCCUCGUAGAGGGCCCGGGGACUGAUAUCCCAGAGCCGCGCACGCCGGAGGAAACUCCUGCAGGUGCCGGCCAGGUGAUUCAGAGCCCAAGCUCGGAAUCCUCCUUGGACACCGCGGCGGUGCCCAAGGCGCCAGUCUUCACAGGCCCCGCGCCUGGCGAAGACACUCCAGACUUCGGGGGAAGCAACUCCGAAGGAGAGCGGGAAACCCCGCCCGCUGCUGCUGCAGCUUCUUCCUCUAGCGACUCUAGCGGGGUCGUCCCUGCUAAGAAGGAAGAGCCGGCAGAGCGGGUUGCCCCGCCUGCCUCCGCAGAGGCGGCCGCAGAGCCAGCCGAGGAGGCAAAGCCUAAGGCCUCACCGAAGGCCGAGGCAAAAGAAGAAAGCUCUGGAAGCCCCAGCUCCGAAGCUGGGCAGGAGCAAGCGGCGCCGCCACCUCACUUGGGACCACCGCCUCCACUGAAGGAGGAACCCAAGGCCGCACAGCCAGGGCCAGCAGAGCCCGAGGCUGCGGUACCUCCCGCGCCUCGGGAGGAAGCUCCGGAGCAGGAGCUAGAGCCCACCUCACCGGCCGAGGACGGUGAGGAAGAGGGCGAGGAGUCCGAAGAGAGCUCCGAGGGCCAAGGGCCGUGCCAGUUCCUCAACGGACUCAGGCACGCGGCUCGCAACAGGCCAGAGACCCCUUGGGAAGGCAACCCAAGGCUGGCACAGCAGUACGGAGAAGCCCUGACCUUGCUGGACGAGAUCAGCCAGGCUAUCUUCGCCUUGCGCGGGGAAGUGGCAAACCUUAGGGGUUUGCUGGAGAGCCAAGCGCAGCAGCUGCAGGCUGCGAUUGGCGAGCUUGCGGCCCAAAGGCAACAGGGCCUAGCUGCAGCAGCCGCCACGGUGGCAGCCGCUACGGCGGCACCCGCCCCUGCGCCCACGCAGGCGAGCGGUGGAGGGCAUUUGCUUAAGAGCAUGCGGCUCCCUACCUCCCUUAAGGGGCGGGACGACUGGGAGCGCUUUGCCUUUCAGGCAGAGUCCUACCUGGCAGUCGUAGACACCAGGUAUCCAGCAGAGCUGGAGAUAGCUCGGAAGUGCAAGGCGCCACUCCAAAUGUCAGUCAUGACCGAAGAAGUGCGGACCCUCAGCGUCCGCCUCUUCGGCAUGCUGGGCAGCUGGACCCAGGACUCCGCCACAGCUGUAAAGCUGGCGCGCGGAGUGAAGGGCCAGAAUGGGUUCGAGCUCUGGCGCCUCCUGUGGCAGGAGCACAACCCGGAGAACGAGUCCAAGAACCUCACCUGGAGGCGAACCCUGCUGAUGCCGAAGUUCCCGCCAAAGGAGAGCGACUUCUCCUUGGCUCUGCAGGAAUGGGAGGCAGACCUGGACCGCUACGCCUCCGAGUAUGGCGCAGGGCGCGCCCUAGCAGACGAAGAUCUGCGGGCAGUGCUGGUUACCGAGAGCCCCACCGCUCUUCGGCAACACCUCGCUAUGCACGCGGCGAGUCUUUCGACUUAUGCCGAGGUGAGGGAAGUGGUGGUGAGCUACUUGCAAGCCAAAAGGGUCUGGACCCCGAGUGCGGGCUACGCCGCCUCCUCCCGAAGGGAUCCUAACGCCAUGGACAUUGGCAGAAUAGGGGACCGAGACGGGAAGGAUGGAAAAGGCAAAGGCGACAAAGGCAAAAAGGGGGACAAAGACCACAAGAAGGGCAAGGGCGACCACAACAACAGAGGCAAAGGAAAAGGGGACAAAAAGGGGAACCAACAAGGAGACAGAGACGGCAAGGAGAGAUGCCCCAUCUGUUGGAAAACGGGGCACACCGUAAAAGAGUGCUGGUUCAACGCCAAGGGAAAAGGCAAAGGCACCAAGGGCCAGGUGGCCCAAGUGGCCGACGACGCAGCCACGACAGUGUCAACAGCCUCCUUGGCGAUUGCGGGUCCCUCCGCGUCCCAAGCUGGAGGAAGCACCGGCGGCUCUGGCGGCAAAGGCCAGGUACGCCAGGUGCGUGACGACCGCAUCUUAGGUGUGCGGUUUGCCCCGCCUUACGACACCGAGCCAGAAGAGGACAAGAUCCUAAAGGUGUCGGGGAGUCUUCUUGUGGACUCCGGGGCGUGUGUGUCCGUCUGCAGGCCCGAGGCGUUUCCCGACCUGCAGCCCGCGGGCCCACCAAAGAGCCUUUACUCGGUGGACAACAGCCGCCUGAAAACAAAGGGCCAAGUCCAGCCGAGCCUCCUCUUAGGGGAGGAGCGUCAGUCCUGCAAGGUCAACUUUGAGGUGACCGAGGACAUAGAGGACAGCCACAUUUUGUGGCCCGACGGCGUCCGAGCCUCGAUCCUCAAGAGAGGGUCACAGUUCCUCCUACCCUACGAGCGGGAGCUCCCGCCGGGGUCAACAAACCGGGUGGCACCGGUGGCGCCAGAGCCACCAAGCCCAGGCCGAGACCUGGGGCACUACGACUACAUAUCGGAGCACGACCUCGAAGCUCGAGAGGUGGAGGACGCGGCGAUGGAAGCAGCAGCCGACGAAGAGGCCGAAGCUGCUGAAGAGGAGGAGGCUGCGGGUAACCCCGCCCCUCUCGAGGAGCAGGCCGAGCAGCCUGACUCAAGGCCACGCGGCCUACUUGGCGGUCUCGCAAAGUCGAGGUUGGCCGUGAUGUCGGUGCUUUCGCCCGAUCUCAUCGCCCAGGUGGACAGCAUGCUGGACCAAGCCGCUGAAGGAGAUCGGUUGGUCCGGACAGUGCAAGACUUGCUCCAACUUCUCAAGCAGAACAACUUGGUCACGAGCAUGAGGCUCAGCCCCAUGCACGUGGGCGUGCACCCGAAAAACCGCGAUGGUGCCGGGAUUAUCGCAGGCGACUGCUUGGAGUUGCUAGAGAAUGUGUUGUCUGUCGGAUUUGUUCGCGACCGCAUCACAGCCCUGGCUGUGGAGAUAACGGAUGCAUCCGUCCGUCGCUUCAACGAGGACCUCGUCCGAGGCUCCGGCGGCCAGCUGGGCGAGCUGGACGGUGACAUGCUGAAGGUUGUGUCAUUGGCUGGGUCGCAUACAAAUUUCAUGUUGCGAUUGUUGUCACAGGGGGCAGCUCUUUCUACUUCGGCGGCUUCGGUGGAUGGACGGCUUUCAUUAGAGAAAGUGGCCCGGCGAGACCCUGAGCUUGCCAAUGCAGCCCGUGAGGGGCUGGUCUGGGAUGUCAUAUCGAGGGAAGUGGCCACAAGAUGGCCGCAGUUCCUGGGCCUCGUCCAAUCGGCCAUGAAUGCUACGCUUCAAAAGCAGGAGUCCGAAAUGCAGCUCUUGCAUCGGGUUCAUCGACUCGUCUCGGCCGUGGAGAAAGUUGACUUCUCCAGCAUCAAAAAGCAAGCCUUGGCUUCCAAGCCACCUUGCUCGGCGAAGACGGCGGAUUCGUUGCUCUCACAGAUCCGUGAGAAAAUGAACUCUGCCGGCCUUGACCCGCUCAACAGCCCCGAUGCCCUGCACAUUCUCGGCAUGACGGAAGUGAACAUUGCCGCAAAGAUUUUGGGGGUCGUGCAGCCGCAGGAAAAGCGCUACAAAAGCCUGCACGGCAUAGCUCACGACUGUAUGGUUUUGCUCAGCAAAAUCAGCACCCAGGCACUCGAGAACCCGUGGGCCGACAAGGCCGAAGAGACGCCUUCGGGAUCCGGCGAUGCGACCACAGCACAGCCGAGCACGGUUGCCAUGCGAGAGUUGCUUGACGAUGGAACCUAUGGUAACCCUGACGAGGUUAUGCGAGAGGCAGGCUUUGAGGUGGGCUGCACGAUCAAGCGAAAGAAUGACAAAGACGAGUACAUCAUCCGUGGUGUGAAGAAGACUUAUGUGCGAGUGGAGAACCAGUCCACUGUGGUCAUAGUGAAAGCAAGCCUCGAAUCCUUCAUGAGCAAAGAGUGGACAAAGGUCGUUGCCAAGCCGCAGCCCUCCGUGAUCGCAGACCUUACCCCCUUCAACCCCGAUGAGAGUUUGGAUUGGCAGGCCCACGUGUUUGUCGGUGCAUUGUUGCAGGAGCUUCAGGGGCUGUGGAAGACGUUUGGAUCGAGCAGUUUGCAAGGCAAGUUGAGCUUGCAGCUGAAGCCUUCAAAGGCACUCACGGCAACUGCAGCAUUUCCGAAAAGGAAGCUCGUUCUCGUGCCGGUGACAUCCAAGAUUAUCUUCAAAAACCCUGACGACACUUCGGGGAUGCCUUCGGGGACACCUCUGCAGACAACAUGGAAAAAAGACGGCAGGCUCUUCUUUGCAGUGUCCAGCAAUCAAUUGCCGAGAGAAGAAGGCGGGCACGGAUUCCUCGCCCCGUAUUUCGCAGUGCCCACGACUCCGGACGAAGAGCAGGCCAGUUUGGAGGAGUUCAUGCACAAGGCUCCUCUCGCAAAAUGGCCGUUGUUGCGCAACAAGGCAGCCAUCAGCAUCGGCGACUCCCUCUUGAUCUACAAGCCUGUUUCGAAAGCGGCCGCGGAAGACCUUGAAGAGGCAUCCCCUCUUGCUGCGAAACGUCGCCGGCUGAAGAUGGGCUGA